GGCGCGUCUGACAGCUGUCAUUGCGCGCUUUCUUCACGGGCGGGACGUGUGGGACGAAAAUCUUUAUUUAUAUCACACACGACGAUGUUCCCGUAGAGUGCGACUGGCUGUGUACGUGCGUGACGAAACGAUACGAAAACACGACGACAAAAUGCCGAACGAGGAGGUGUUGGGUCCGCGGAAGACGAUGUUUGUACUUGUGAUUGUUGUUGGGUGUUUUGCUGUGUUGUGGCCUAGGAUCCUGUCGCCGCUGAUCACAGGCCCCAGUGGGGAGCAGCUCAAGCCGAACAAGUUCGACCGGGAGGCAGGAUGCUGCGAGGUACUAUUCGAAAACGAAAUGGCUGUUCUGGAGCUUAUCAACGAAGUCUGCAGUUCAGCUGUUCAAGUUCGCGGGACGCUCAGCCCUCAUGCUGCAGCUGAAUGUCGGAAAGCAGUCAAUGAGACCUGCGGAGUGGAUUUAGCUGCAUUCCUUAAACGGAAUGAGAAUGUUGGGAAAACAUCUAAAGCCUUAAUAGAGACUAUGAAGAACAGCAACAGCUCUUGUCUGAAGGAGCACUUCGGAGUCCCUGUCUGGAGUCUCGGUGUCCAUGUAUCACAGAACUCGUGGACUCUGCAAGACACUAUCAAACAAGAGCGUCCUUUGAUCCGCGGCGCAGGACCUCACCCGGCUUUACGCGAAAGAGGACGGGCGAUACCUCCCGGAGUUCCCUCGUCUCCUACGAAGAGUUCCGUGGCCAUGCCUCCGCACGUCAGGGUACGAUCCUCACCGCUAUCCGUGUAUUAUGAUCUGGAUAUCAAGCCUCCACCAAUCCCCGGCAUGCGUCCACCGCUGGGCUCUCCCGGUGGUCCAGUGCCCACACCCAAGUCUUCCAUGGGCUUCGUGAUGCCGAUCUACACAAUCUGCAUCAUCGUCUUCUUUGUCUACACUAUAAGCAAGAUUCUGUUCAGACGGACCGCAAGUUCAUCGCCCUACGAGACCCUACCACCAGAUCCUCAGUUCAGGAGACGAGUGUUCAGGGAUGAUUCCAGGAGUACACCUGACAAAUUAGGACCUAAAGAGCGGGACACAAGGGACGUGGAGUUGGAAGCGCUGAGGGCUCGCCUGGCUGAGACAGAGCGCGCGAUGCAAAGGAUCGUCAGCCAGCUGGCUCAGCGCGACGCGGAUGCACAGGAUAACAACGCUCGCCCAUACACGAAUGGGACAAUAUUGCACAACAGUGGGCCGGUACACAUAGUCGCUAGUGAGUACAAGGAGCCCACUAAAGAGAGCUUGGAGAAGAAGGAACCAUCUCCUGCACCAGAGGAACCUAAAUCAGUACCUGAACAAACCCAAGAAGAGAAAGAACCUUCUCCCGAACCUGAAACCCAAAAACCUGUGGAAAAAGAACCUUCUCCCGAACCUGAUACCCAAAAACCUGUGGAAAAAGAACCUUCUCCCGAACCUGAAACCCAGAAACCUGUGGAAAAAGAACCUUCUCCCGAACCUGAAACCCAAAAACCUGUAGAAGAACAACAACAGGCUGAAAAACCCGAAGAACCUGCUAAAGAAGAAUCUUUACCUCAAAAAGAAUCAACACCAGAGAAAGACACUCAAGUAAAAGAACCAACUCCUGAACCGAAAGAACCUACACCUGAAGUCGAGGACCAAAAAGAAGAAGAAAAAGAGAUAAAAGAAGUAAGUCCAGAAAAAGUAGCAGAAGAAACAAAUGACACUGACAAAUUGAUCAAAUUGGCUGAUGAUGUAAAAGUGGAGAGGAAUGGAGAUGUAAGACACACAGAAGAGUUCAUCAAAGAGGAAGCGAAGGCUUCUGAGGCGCAGAAGGAGAAGCAGUCCACACCUGAACUUCUAGAAGAAGCUAUCAAAGAUGAUGAUGAACAGGAGAAUGCUAGCGUUAAGGUGGUAGGCAUGGAGGUGAGGGCGCACCCGGCGGACGGUGGCGCGUGGAGGGCGAAGCGCCCCACGGAGACUCCGCCCCCGAUCCCAGCCGCCGCCCCCGCCCCGCAGCGAGCGCACGAGGCCGAGCAGGUGCAGUCGAUAUACCUGGACACGGAGAUCCCGCAGCAGUCGCGAGUGCUCGUCGCCGACUUCGCGGAGAAGAGGACUGACAGACCUGCUCCUACUAAACAUUCACCGAUGGUGGUGAGCGGCAAGAUGACACUAUCUCUGAUACAAGACGCGCCGCGGGACACGCCUGAGAGGGACCAAGAGUCGACAGUUGACGACUUCACAACGGCUAGUGCUGUCACGCAGAACGCUGAGAAAGAAGGCGAAUCAGAAGAAGAGAUCGAGGAAGAGAUUGAGAUAGAAGAGAUAGAGGAAGAAGUUGAAGAAGAGGAGGAGGAGGAAGAAGCAGUAGAAGUAGACCAAAAGGACAAGAAGACAGAGUGAAGUACUGAUAGAUAUACAUUGAUUAAUAUACUCGUACUUAGAGUUAUGUUUUGUGAUCUUGUGUAAACCAUUUUUAACCUUACGCUGUUGAAAUUUAAGUU